UUGAAAGCCCUGAAGCGCCGCGGCCAAUUCGAAAAGAAUGCACCCACCCAGUACUGUAGCUGACUGCAAGAGAGCCACCUUCAUUUUCCACCCGACCACGCAUUCACCUAGCUAGUUAACGUAGCUACAGUCAAGUUACACAACGAAAUUGGAAGGUAGUUAUAUAUGUACAUGUGUCACCUUUUUUAGGUACAUGUAGUUAUAAGGUUUAUUUGGUCGAUUGUAUUGUAGCAGUUGUCAUCAUGAAAUUUACAAUUUAGCUCGCUAGCAUUGAGGGAAACGUUUGCACAGCGUGUAAAAACAAGGAUAUUGGAAAUUAUUACUAAUAAGGUGUCACAUCACAUGUCACAAAGUAAUGCCUGGUUUUUUUUUUUUCUAGCUUUUGCUAUCGAAUAAUGAUGCUAGCUAAUGUAAUGUCUAUCUUGUUUAGUUGGCUAGCUAGCUACCGAAAUGUUAACUGUUAGCCAGCUAACGCGUUAGCUAGCUAUUCUUUUCACAUUCGCUAACUGCAAGCUUAAUUUCCUAUCACUUUUAAGAUAGACAGUUCACACGAUGUUUCACAGCUAACGUUAAUGCUAACAAACACACAUCCAGUUGGCUAUUUUGACCUGUCGUUCAUUUGAAAUGGCAUGAAAGGUUUGUUUUGUAGCUAACCUAGCCUGUUGUUUUUUCAGGGAACAAUGGAAGAUUACUUGAAAAUAGAGAAAAUCGGAGAGGGUAAGUUAUGUCCUCAACUUUGGUUUGUUUUUCCCAAAACUCCAUUCGGAGUCUGCUCUAUCUAGAUUUGUGUGCAUGUCAUUUGAUUUUUUCUUUUCUUAGUCAUUUAGCAGACGCUCUUAUCCAGAGCGACUUACAGGAGCAAUUAGGGUUAAGUGCCUUGCUCAAGGGCACAUCGGCAGAUUUUUCACCUAGUCGGCUCGGGGAUUAGAACGACCUUUCGGUUACUGGCACAACGCUCUUAACCACUAAGCUACCUGCUGCCCCGUGGCACAUCCUUUUGUUAUGACAACCUAUUCACUAUACCUAAUUCAUCAAGUUAACUACUAGUUACACACCAUAGUAAAUAAUUAUUGUACCUGUGAUUUCCAGGUACCUAUGGGGUGGUGUACAAAGGCAGACACAAGUCGACAGGCCAGGUGGUGGCAAUGAAGAAGAUCCGUCUGGAGAGUGAGGAGGAGGGAGUGCCAAGCACAGCUGUUAGAGAGAUCUCUCUGCUCAAAGAGCUAGCACACCCUAAUGUUGUACAGUAUGUAACAGUCUGUUUGUGUCUGUGGGGUUCCUAAGGUGUUUACAGUUGCCAGACAGCAAGAGAAGUAGACAUGUGAUUCCUGUUAUCAGUUCAAAGCUCAGACACCUCAUUAUGCUGAAAAGGCCAGGGCAAGUCUGGCAUUUGUCAUAUCAUAUGUCUACAUCAUAUGUCUACAUAAACAAAUAGCCUAUGUUUAUACGUUUCCCGUGUGUUUUGUAUCCAAACAGGCUUCUAGAUGUGCUGAUGCAGGAGUCCAGACUGUACCUCAUCUUUGAGUUCCUGUCCAUGGACCUGAAGAAAUACCUAGACUCUAUCCCCUCGGGCCAGUACAUGGACCCCAUGCUUGUGAAGGUAUGGACCCCACUGAGGGUAUGGCAGUCAUGAUGCACACAACCUUGUUUGGAUCACUUUUUUCACUAUCUGCUCUUACAUUUUAGUCAUUUAGCAGACACUCUUAUCCAGAGCGACUUAAAGGAGCAAAUAGGGUUAAGUGCCUUGCUCAAGGGCACAUCUACAGAUUUUUCACCUAGUCGGCUCAGGGAUUAGAACCAGCGACCUUUCGGUUACUGGCACUACGCUCUUAACCACUAAUCUACCUGCCGCCCCUCUUGAUACUACUGAGUACCUUAAAAACUUAAAUUAAACGCUAAGUCUCAAAUAGCCGCCUGUUCCUUUUAAUAGCCGGGCAUCGGUACACAUUUGGCAAAUAAACACUGGGUCUAAAUGAUUUGUUGACAAGGUUACCAUGGAUACAGCUCUGAUAUUCCUGCAUAAUGAUCAGGGUGAAAGUAAAGGAGAUCUAACACCACUGUGAAUGACAGUAGGGCCUCUGACUUCGCUUUUAGUACAGGCUAGCUUGACAAAUUCCUAGAGCACAAUGGGUUUUCAGAUGGCACACUACUGUUGAAAAUAGAAGCCUUGCUCAACUAGAAGCCUGUCUCUAAUAAGCACCGGUUGUGUUCAGUGAUUGAAGCAAAUAAACGCCUGGGCUAUUCAUUGAAGUUUUAUGGUAUACCAACUUAGUGUUUUAGUCCAAGUUGUAUCGGACUGUAAAGUGUUUCUCGCCAGUAGGUGAAAUUUAACCCUCUGCUACUAUCUCCCCUCCAUCCAGAGCUAUCUGUACCAGAUAUUGGAGGGCAUCCUGUUCUGCCACUGUAGAAGGGUCCUCCACAGAGACCUGAAGCCCCAGAACCUGCUGAUUGACAACAAGGGAGUGAUCAAGCUGGCAGACUUCGGGUUGGCCAGGGCAUUCGGGGUGCCAGUCCGGGUAUAUACCCACGAGGUAAGACAUAACACCACAUAGUUAAUUUCCAAAGAUCAUUAGCAGUAGUUUAUUUUAUUUAUUUAUUUUACCUUUAUUUAACUAGGCAAGUCAGUUAAGAACAAAUUCUUAUUUACAAUGACGGCCUACACCGGCCAAACUCGGACGACGCUGGGCCAAUUGUGCGCCGCCCUAUGGGACUCCCAAUCACAGCCGGUUGUGAUAGAGCCUGGAAUCGAACCAGGGGGUCUGUAGUGACGCUUCAAGCACUGAGAUGCAGUGCCUUAGACCACUGCGCCACUCGGGAGCCCAGUGAUGGGAAAUUAGGCUCUUUUUACUGACUCUGAUCUUUUCAACUCGUUCAGUCAAAAGAACAAAUCCUUCGACUAACUUCGUUCAGUAAUGCCCAGAGCUCGCAGGACCUCCAACCAGCGAACGAUGAACAAAAAACUUGAAAGAAUCAUGAUUCUACAAGCCUCUCGUUCACCAUAGGGGCUUGUUAUUGGACCGGUCAUUUGUGACUGAGACUUAUAAAGGUGUGCUUUAGACACGUGGUGUGCUUUAGUCCCGUGUAGCUCAGUUGGUAGUGCAUGGCGCUUGCAAUGCCUGGGUUGUGGGUUCGAUUCCCACUGGAGACCAGUAUGGGGGGGGGGAGUAUGCACUCACUAACUGUAAGUCGCUCUGGAUAAGCGCGUCUGCUAAAUGACUAAAAUGUAAAUUGCUAGGCAUACAAAAAAUAUUGUUUACUGAUACCUUUUUAAAUGAGUUUUAGUUGUGGCCGCAACCGGAAUAGAUUGUGAACUGACUCUUGGCGGAAUGACACUGUUUGACGGAGAGAUUAGCACAAUAUCGUUAGCGAACUGCAGCAGCCCGCCAAAUGAUUCGUUCUCGAGUUCGGGUGUUGAGCAAAGGCAGGCUGUGUAUGUUUUUGGUUCUACAUAGCUGUGUCCAUCGAGUUAACAUUCAAUAAUCAAUUAAUAGCAUUAAUUCUUGCGCCAUGCGAUCAGUUAUCAGUUCUAAACAUGUAUUUUUCUCCUCUAUGCUGCCUUCAUCAUGAUCUAUUUUCCCUGGCGCACAUGAUAGACAGUUGCUGGUCGGAGCACGUCUCCGGAGACACUGAGGCGGAGGAGCGCAUAUUAAUCCUACUGUAGAAUUGAUGGCGACCAGUAGGUCAAACGAACAAACUAAAAUGAACGAGUUACUCUGAAUAAUUAGUCGUGACUCUCGAGUUAGUAAAAAGUUGUUCAAAAAGAAUGAAUCGUUCUUGAACUGCACAUCACUAAUUAGCAGAUACACAUGUAAAGUUAGGCUAUCAUAAGGGGUGUGUAUGCACACGUAGAUUAAUGGCAUCAUUUGUCUGUGUCCAGGUUGUGACACUGUGGUACAGGGCUCCUGAGGUGCUGCUGGGGGCCCCACGGUACUCCACCCCUGUGGAUGUCUGGAGUAUUGGGACCAUCUUUGCAGAGUUGGCCACAAAGAAACCACUUUUCCAUGGAGACUCAGAGAUUGACCAGCUUUUCAGGAUCUUCAGGUAUAUUUGCAUACGAGUAUACACAUCUGUAAUAUAACCAAUCCUACUACUAGCAACAUCUAGGUUGGUUAAUCAAUAAGUUUGUUGUAAACAAUGUAGAUCUUUGAUCAUAGAUUAGAACAUUUGAUUGAUCUGUCAUGGGCAACGAGCCAUUUAAAAUUAUUGACACAGACAAGUUAGACAGUCAACACAGAGAUAAUUGCUCCAUGAUGUUCAUACAGCAUUGUCUUGAAUGAAGUAUAUAUCAAGCAUCGUUGUCUCCUCCUGUUUCAGGACCCUUGGUACUCCCAACAAUGACAUCUGGCCAGAGGUGGAGUCUCUGCCUGACUACAAGAACACGUUUCCCAAGUGGAAGUCUGGGAACCUGUCUUCCAUGGUGAAGAACCUGGACAAGAACGGCAUUGAUCUGCUCGCUGUAAGAUGAUUUCACCAUUCUCCUUGUUUUUAUUUAGAUUGAUUCAUUAUGAAACAUUGUUGCUGUAGAAGCCCAGUGCACAUGUGUCUUUUUCAAGGGGCUGGUUGUGUUUCUGUUUUGGAUAGUAUUAGUGAUAUUGAAGUGACCUAUUGUUCCGUCAGCCCAGCAGUAGCCUUUAGGAUACACAUAAAAAUGACCAUGUCCCACCUUCUGUAGAAGGUUAUGAAGUGAAACAUUAUUUCUUCCUCUAUUAAAGAAAACGCUAAUCUAUGACCCACCCAAGAGGAUUUCUGCCAGACAGGCUAUGAGCCAUCCAUACUUUGACGACCUGGACAAAACCACUCUACCUGCCAGCAUGGUCAAGAUGUAAACGCCUCACAGCUCGACUCAAAGGACCUGAAAAAGAGUACAAUUAUGGAAGCGUAUUGAUCGUCUGGUUUUUUUGUAUGUUUUUUUCCUUUGUUUGUCCUUUUUCUAUCUACUGGUAAAAUUAAUAAUUAUGCUGUAAAUAAUGUUUAAAAAAAAUAUGAAACCGGUUUGGAUCUAAAGUAACAUGUACUAAAGGUUACAUUCAAAAGUAGUAUAUUUUCAAUAAAGUGCACUUUUCUAGAUCCCAUA